GCUGAGGAGAGACUUUAGUUCGACAAGUCCAUCCUGGAGGCUGCAGCUGCAGAAGCACCAUCGAGUUCUGUGUGCCCGAACGACUGGUCCGGCUGGUUCAUGCAGCUUCAACGAAAAACACGGUACCGCUCGACGCGUCAACUUGUUUUUCUUGAAAGCUUUCCCACCCAACCAGAUGUUCUACCACAAAAGAAACGCAGCGUCCAACGACACAGAAUUCGACACCCACGCCAAUUGAUCCGUCAUCCCCGAGGCUUCAUCGUCAUGAAGGGCGAGGCCCAUUGACCGACCCGGACUAGCCAUCGACGACAAACUCAAAAUGGUUCGAGUCACCGACGAGCUGACCUUGUCGCGAGACCAAGUCAGUCUCUACCACACCACCGACCCGUACUUAGGCAAUCUGCCUGUCUUCGCCUUCCACGGCCCCUCCACGACCUCCAAUUCCACCCUCAACAGCUCCCGAAUCCAAAUCCACUUCUUUACUGCUGCUGGAUUUCAAAGCUACGCACGCAUUACCAUCUCUCCGAACUCGCACUUCUACCAAUCGGUGAACCACCUUCCACGAGACAAGCAAGGAGAUGAAAUAUGUCGGGGGCUCGCGUUUGGACUCUUGAAAUACUUCAAGGAGUUGCCAGAGGUUGUCAAAACUGGCCUGAUCUUCCAAUCCACGAAUUCUCGUGGAAAGAGACCUGGCUCGGCUCCUACACUCUUCGGAGAACAACAUGCGGCAGAUUUGGCGAGCUCUAUGGUUAAGGUGGAGAACAUUGGGGAGGUCAUUCAAGACAUUGAGUCUGCCUUGCGUCCGCAGAACAUCAACCAUCUUGAUAUCGACCUCGUGCUUCCACCAGGCUCGAUUGUCCCAGUGAAGGAAGAAGAAAUUGAAGAACACAACGAAGACGAGGAACUUCCGGAUCCGACUUUGAAGCAAUAUGGCGCUUACUCUCCGCUGAUCAAGCUCUUCGGCGAAGUCACGUUUCUACCCACGUCAAAGCUACGACGCGCUCCCUCGAGGCCGACUUCCGUCAACCGUUCGAGGUCUUUUCUCAAGGACCAGAAGUUGUCCCUACGCCGAGAGAUGGGUGAAUUGGUAGAUACAGAGGAGAGAUAUGUCAUCAAGAUGCACGAGCUGGUCAAUCAUAUGGCUGACGACUUCCGAGUGAAGGCAAAGAAUCGAGAAUUUGGCAGUUUCAGCCCAUCGGAGCAAGAUCUCGAAAAACUCUUCCCUCGGUGUCUUGACAGAAUUCUGCGGAUCAACUCUGCCUUCUUAGCCGAUAUUCGGAAAGUUAUGGAUGAGACAGAGGAGGAUGCUAUGCGUGAUCUUGAAGCCCCCAUUGUCAGCUCUACUGGUUCAAGAUACGGCGGUACUGGUCGCUUGAAGGAUCCCACCGGAGCACUUGCAUUUGCCAAAGUUCUUCUUGAGUGGUUCCCCCAGUUCUCGGAUUGUUACCAAGAGUAUAUUCGAGCUAGUCAGGACUUUCCACAAAUUAUCACUUCGUUCAUGAGGCAGCCUUCGAGUUUUAGAGAACGAGUUCAGCAAACUGGCGAGCAACGACUUCGAUCAGCUGUGAUUGAGCCUGUUCAGCGCUUGCCACGGUACAGUCUCUUCAUUGAUAACAUUGUCAACUAUCUACCCGUACUUCACCCGGCAUUGCAGCCUUUGCUCAAAGCUAGGGAUAUCAUCACAUCCAUUUGUUCACUGGACCCGCCAACAACAGACAAGUCUCAGGUUGUCAAUAGACUUCGGAAUUUGAUCGACUCAUGGCCGUCAUCAUUGCACCCCCAAGGUCGACUUAUCACCGCUGUCGAUUUCGUAGAGCUCGCAGCUCCUUUCCACCCCGCAACCAAUGGCAAUGUUAGGGAGGGGAUAUUUCUGCUGUUUGCGGACUGUGUUGUUCUGUUGAAGAAAGCUGGAGAAUGCAAUCUUUCAGCAAGAGGUCUUAUGGCAGAAGUCGAUAAGCCAUCUGCUGCCACCAUGAUGGCAUCUGUGACUGCUGCUGCAGGCGGACAGAAGAGGGCCUACGAGCUUACAUUCUGUGGUUGGCAUGUUCUAGGCGAUGCUCGCUUCACGAUGUCUGAUGAUGGCCGCACUGUUGCAAUGGUAUCGUUGCAUGAAUUGAAGGACCCAGCAACAGGUCGGGAGAGGACGUCUCCAGCGGCCACUAUCCGGAACUUUCUAUUACAAACUGCAUAUGACGGAAAGGCGUUGAAGUUUACUGAAGAGAUCACUAAAGCUAGAGUGGAGGGCAGAUUUUCGGAGGCUGAACGAGAGAUAGAGAAGUGGUGCUUGAGGUCCAUCAAGUUGCAAGCCGUAGAAGUCACACUCCAUACCGCAAUAUUUGAGGAGGGUAUUGACACCUUGAUCGAAGGCCGAAAGGAGCCAGCAUCCAUCCGCAUAGUCAUCGACCACGAGAGAGGCACCAAGGGUGCACCAGUAGGCCACUACGGUGUUGACAUUGUCGCCAAUGUGAAAGUGAUGGGGGGUGGGUUGAAAUAUAGACUCGAAGUUAGCGGGCUCAAUGAGAAAGUUUUCGUGGACGAGGUUGUUGUAGAGCAUCUGUUGCCCACCUUCACAAAGAGAGCAAACGACUUACUUCGAGUACAAUAUGUUAUAAGCAACCCAGCCCUCGCAGCACCCUUCACCUCAUUCCAUUCGAAGAUUCUCAAGUCGAUUCGCGUUGUUGCUGAAGGCGAUAAAUCGAAAUCCUUCCGUCCACCCUCACCAGUCAAGCUGCUUUCAAGUUUCCUCAGUAGUGGUUUCAAUAGUUCAACAACCUCCCUCAGCCACUCCGCAUCUCUCUCCUCAAAGCAGCAAAGAACUCCGGUUAUAGGCAACGUUCCCUCACUGCCGCUAUUGUCGAGAAACAAUAGCGCACAUUCCAUCCAGGACGUCGAUUUCAGAAGCAGUCUUCGUACCGGAGACGAAAAGCCCACCAAUCCUCUAGUCCGACUUGAAGAGACUUUCACUGGCUAUAUUGCAGCUCUCCAAGUUCGAAAGGGUAACGUCAUUGGGAGAGUGCUGAGAAGUCGCGGAAUGGCGGACGAACUGGCCAUCAAUGCUGUAUACAACACAUUCAUCGAGAAUCCUUUCGAUCAGCGGACUGCUUCCGAAGUCUCAUUCGAUGUCCUGUUUGUUGCCUUCGAGAAAUACUUGCGGAUGGCAUGGAAAGAUCAGAUGGGUCAAGUCAUGUCGGUGGCGACUUUGGAUGCAUUGCAAGACAGAGCUUUGAAGAUGUUCCCUGGAGACUUCGCCGAUUACGUCAAGAUGGUCUUUGGUGAGAUGGCACCGCAAAAUCGACGAGCCUUCAUUGCUAUCAUCAAACUGUUAGCAGAUCUUCUCGAUGGUUGUGGAAAUGAUGGGGACCGAGGUGCUUUAACAGCUGCGUUUGCAGAGCUGCUGGUAAUUGACGGCCAGCCUCAUGACUACAUCAACCUGCUGGAUCGUAUGGUAGAGGACCAAGAGCGACUCUUUGAGGAUAUAGGUCCAGGCGCUGUAAAUGGUUCUGGUUCUGGUAAUGGCUCCGUCUUCGGGUCAGUUUCUGGUGGUCGAUCGAAUCACUCUGCCACUGGUUCACUGACAUCGAAUGCAUCAUCUUUGCGGAAGAGAUUUGCCGAUACCUUGCUCAGGCAGAACAGCACCAAGGAUAAUGACCGUCCCUCAGUCUGGCGAACCUUGAGCAAGAGCAGCCGCAGUAUUGCCACUGGAGAAUCCAUGACUUCUUCAAGUCUUUCAAAGGUCUCCCUCAAUCGCUCAAGAUCAAUCGAGUCUCCACAUAGGCGACCUGCUUCGCGGGAUCGGCCUACGGUUAUGGGCGCUUUUGAUGAGCGGCCUUCCAGCUCGCAGGGUCCUGUCAACAAACUCAUUACGAUCGGUGAAUCCCCGCCUCCGGAUGAGAAGGACACUGCCCAAUCACUCAAGAAGAAGAGACGAAGCUCUCUUUCUGAUUUGAAAUCUUUGAUGGCACAAGCAACUCUCAGUGGGAGCUCUCCAUCACCCUCACCACUCCGCGGACUAAAGCUCAACACAUCUCCACGAACUCCAUCACCAACAAAGAUUCCUGUCGCUGGUGGAAUUAUGGACAGAAAUCGGCCUGCGUUGUACAGCACAGGCUCACCGAAUCAGAAGGAGAAUUUACCAUUGAACUCUUCUGCGCCCAGGAAUAUUGGCAAUCUGACUGAACGACCACAGAACAUCAUGUCGACCCCUGACACGAUAGUGGUCAAGGAUCUUUGGUCUGGCGGAGCAAAAAGCCACCAAAAGACCGCAUCACUCUCAUCCAACAUCCCCACCCUCCGCGGCCGAGGACCCUCGGCAUCCCGACCCACAAGCAGCCCAGGCAAACACUCACCCCAAAAGCUGCGACUACAAUCCCCGGCCAAGCUACGCGAGCGUCUCCAAAACGAAGCUAAAGCAAUCAAUGAAGCCGAAGCCUCCCUACAAAACGAGCUUUCAAAAAUUGGCGAAGAAAUGGCCAAGUUAAACGCCAGCUCCAACUCCCCAACCCGUUCCACGGACCUGCAAAAGCUCUCCGGCGCCAUCACAGCCCUCGAGACCCGUAUCCCGGAAAUCGUCAAAGACCUGACCACCCGCAACGACGCCGUCAAGUCUGAUCUCGAGAAAAGCCUGCAGGCAUGCGAGUUCAAGGUCAAGGGGCUGGAUCAGCUGUACAAAGAGAGCAGCGCGGAGAACGAGCUGCUGUAUGAAAAGUUCAAUGCCGAGCUAGGGAAGAUUGUGCGUGCGUUAAGGGGCAAGGGCAAGGAGGAGAAAGAAGAUUUGGUUGCGAAGGCGAAGGAGGGCAGUGAGGAGACGGCGAGGGUCAAGAAGGAGAAUGCGAGGUUGAAGAGGGAGGUUUUGACGCUACGGACGCUGUUGAAGGGGAAUGAAUGCUUGGCGUGUGUUGGUGCUGGUGCUGUGGUCUUCGAGGGAAUUAAGAAGGCGCAGAAAGGAGGAGAGAUAUGAGUGUUUUGUGAGAGUCACUUAUCGGAGGUUGUUUCAGCGGGCGUUUCGAGCAUGCAUGGUGUUUGUUUGUUUGUCUGUUUGUUUAGGUAUGAGAUCCGAUCCACUGCUUAUAAGGAUGAAGUGUGGGGUAUUGUACAGUACGUUACGAAAGCAACGGAGGAAGGAGAACGGCGUGUACGUACUGUAUGUACAGACAGCAAGCACAAAUGAAUGAAUGAUGAUCAACAAGA